AUGGCGGCUGGGUUCUUUCAAGCAGAGAUGUCGUCAAUGUUAUCCUCUACGUUGGCGCGCUCAUGCUCGAUUCCGUUCCGCAAAACGAUAAUGGCUUUCGAUUUUCGAAUUGCAAUGGAACGAAACCAUUGUCUCAGAAUUCGACGUUCUCGUUUUGCUGCUUUCAGCUCGUCUCCUUCGCAUUCACGAGAUUUUCCAAUUUCAGGGCUAGAGAAUGUUUUUGUUGGUUAUGUAUUUGGGAGGAAGAAGGCAACAGAAGUAGCUCAUGUUGUGUGGGAACAGGUAAUCCAAAAGGGGGAUAUGGUAAUUGAUGCUACUUGUGGAAACGGGAACGAUACUUUAGCAAUGCUGAAGAUGGUCAUGAAUGAUUCUGAUGAUUGUGAUGGUUAUGUCUAUGCAAUGGACAUUCAAAAAGAUGCCAUUGAGAGCACUUCUUCUUUGCUAGAUCAAACCCUUGGUUUAAAAGAGAAGGAACGUGUCAAACUUUUUAACAUCUGUCAUAGUAAGAUGGAAGAGAUUGUCCCUAAAAACUCCCGUGUGAGGAUGGUUGCAUUCAAUCUGGGGUAUCUUCCAGGUGGAAAUAAGUCGAUAAUCACUGUCUCGGAUACAACAUUAUCGGCAUUGAAGGCUGCUGAGAGGAUCUUGAUGCCCGGUGGUCUCAUCAGCUUGGUGGUUUACAUUGGGCAUCCUGGUGGAAGGGAAGAGUUGGAUGUGGUUGAAGCUUUUGGGUCGGGUUUACCAGUCAGUGAUUGGGUAUGCUGCAAAUUCCAAAUGUUGAACCGGCCCUUAGCUCCGGUUCUUGUCUUCAUGUUCAAGAGAGAAUAG